CCCUGCCCCUCCCCCCUCCGCAGAUCUGGCGCGUCCGGCAUGCCCCCGAGGCGCAGGUUCAUGCCCCGCACGCUCGCGGAGUGCCGGCGGGCGCUUGGGGAAGUGGACGACCCGGGCCUCGGCGCAGCGCUGAUGGAUACCCCGGCUGGCGAUGGAGGGCCCCACGCGCUGCUGUCGAAGCCCAAGCCUGGCGACUGGCUCGACAGCCGCGAGGAGCUGGGGCAGAGCUUCCCCCAGUACGCUAAGCGGAUGGGCCCGAGGGGGGGGCAGGUGUUGCCGCGCCAAGGCUGCGACGGUCUCCUCGUUUGUCCGGUCGGCUCGUCGUUCUCGGAGGGGGUCGGUGCGCUGUUCAUGCCGCAUUUGCUGCGGUUCUAUGCUGCGUUCUUCCCCGGCAUGACGGUCGAGGUGCUCGAGAAGCCGUUGUCGUUGAGCGGCGUUCGGAGCCGCGAGAACGACUUCAAGCACAGGCAAUACCUCAUCGGCGACGUGUUCACAAUGCUGCACACGCACAAGGAUCAGACGAUCGACGUGGUGUCCCGACGCAGCGCGUACACCCGCCUCGCAAUCACGCUCGAAGAUAUCCACACGGCGGCGGAUAUACCCCGGGGAUGA